UGUAACACCAGCAGGGAGCCAGACAUUCAGCGCACCAGAUCACUGCAGAGAAUGACACACCUACACGUCAACAAUUAGAAAGACUGGAACAAAUCUUUAGCUUUAAGUUGACAGAAUGCUGAUGAACCACACAAACCAAACAGAGGAUGACCUCUUCUCCUGCUACAGUCCUUCAGUCGUAGGCUACCGGUACUUUGCUGUGCUGUGGGGAUGUGCUGUGACCAUCACUGGUACGGUGGGGAACCUGAUGACCAUUCUGGCCUUCGCCUUAGACCCACGUCUGAGGACUCGCUUCAAUGUGCUCAUCGUCAACCUGGCUGUAGCAGAUCUCCUGUACUGCACCGUACUGCAGCCCAUAUCAGUGGACUCCUAUCUACACCUCAGAUGGCGCAGUGGUCAGCUCUGGUGCAGCAUCUUCGGCCUGCUCCUCUUCCUCUCCAACUCUGUCUCCAUUAUCACCCUCUGCCUGGUAGCAGUGAGCCGAUAUCUCCUGGUCGCAAAAAGGGCUUUGUUUGACCGCGUCUUCUCUGACUGUGGUCUUAUUUUACUCCUGAUGUCAGCGUGGGCACUGGGUCUGGCCAGCUUCAGCCCACUCUGGCCUGUUUACGUGUUUGUGCCACAGGUGUGCACAUGCAGUUUCCAUCGCACCAGGGGUCGUCCCUACAGCACCAUCCUGCUCUUUUUCUACUUUUUUGUUGGUCUGGGCGUUGUUGGUGUAUUCUACUUUCUUAUUUACAGACGAGUCCAGAUAGCUUCACAAGCUCUGCUCCGCUACAGGUUCAGCCGCAGGUCCUCCAGAAAGAAAGCAGCUUCUUCAGCACAAAGGACCGAUGACAGUGGUGUAGAGAGUGGCAUGGCAAAGACAUGUAGCUAUGAGUUAAGCAGCCAGGGGGAUCUAGACCCAAAUACAGAAGAGAUCCCGGAUGAAAAAUCCUCCAAAUCUACCAACAGCUCUUCCAUGGCCCUAAAUCCACCAGCAACCAGGCAUCCCCCUGAUAUUGUCCCAACAUCACCUUCAACCACACCUGCUCCCACUAAUGCAGCACCCUCCUCCCACUCACCAACUUCAGGAGAUGACGAAUUUAAGCGUGUGACACGUAUGUGCUUCACUGUUUUUUUGUGUUUUGUGUUCUGCUUUGUCCCCUUUCUGUUGCUCAACAUAGCCGACAAACAUAACCGCGCCCCAAAGGUACUGCACAUGUUCUGUGCAAACCUCACCUGGCUCAACAGCUGUAUCAACCCCGUGCUCUAUGCUGUCAUGAACCGACAGUUUCGAGAGGCCUACCAUGUGCUGCUCACCAGGUUUGCUGCACCAAUUACCUGCCUCUGGACCUGGUGGUCAACGCUGAGAUCUGAAUCUCCAGGAGCUUAAAUUCCUCCUGAUGUAAACCCAGUAUGAUAUUAUUCAUGUGAAAUACAACACAGACAUAGUUCAGCCACUAUCAAGUUUAAAAUUGCUUGUCUGUGUUACAUUUAUGUUGCAUUGUCAACAUUCCUUAACCUCCAUGUUUCACUCUGUUGUUGUUUGUAAUUUAUGCACAAGAUCACAUUAUGUGUUUAUGUUAUGUCAGAUCAGAUCAGAGUCAGAUUCAACUGUAUUGUUAUUGCACAGAGUACAAGCACUGGGACAACGAAAUGCAGUUAGCAUUUAACCAGAAGUGCAAAGAAGCAGUAAAGUGCAGUGUAAUGUACACAUAUGUCACAGGUUAUGUGCGGAAUAAGUUCAAUUUUGUAAUACAAAAUCCAAUUACUCAAUACUUCAUCACCACUAAUAGUUUUUAGGUGUCUAUUACAUCAUAUGAGAAAUCAACAAUGUUACAAAAUCAGCACAGGAUAUUCCUGUCCAACACAACAUGCCUUAUUUAAGUAAUUCAGGAACGUAUGACUGUGUUUCAACUCUGUAUGUCCUCUUACAUGCUGAUAAUACUUGACUAAUCAUAAAAAGUGUUCCGGUGAUCUGGCCUUUAGUUUGACUGUGGUGGAUUGUGGGUGGAGUGUGCUUGUGGGUGCAUAUUUGAGUUGUGUCAAGGCAUUACCGACAAAGGCAAAUAAAAUUAUACUCAUGUCUCUAUUUUA